AUGUUGAAAAACACCGAACCUGGUAUUCGAACCAGCGUCUUCGUCGUUGAACCGGAAUCCCCCUACCGCGCUAGGGCUAAGCACGACUUAAAGCAGUCCAUCAUGAAGUAUCUCUCGAGAAGGCUAAAGGGUAUUGAUGCUGGUAAAAAGUAUCGUCCUGAUUAUGAUCCUGAACCAUACUUCUUUCGAUGGAAGAGACAAUUCUUGUCAUGGGCUCAUGAUAGGAGAUAUCGAGAUACUGGUGCCCGUCGCCCCCUUACACAGCAGCAGCAGCAGUCAGAAUAA